CCGCGCGGGGCCGGCCCUGUGACUGGCGGCGGCGGCAGGGGGGGCGAGCCCCGAUCGCUCGCUUAGCCUGCUCCGGAGAGUUUCCUCGCGGGGGCGGCCGGGGCUGCCUCUCCCCUCGGAGCUGCCGGCGUUUCCCCCCCACGGGACUGCUGCCGAGCAUUGGGCCGGGGAAGGCGGCGGCGGCGGCAGCAGCAGCAGCAGCGGAGAGCGAGGGAAGCAGCCACAUGAAUCAGUUUCUCUCUGUAUCCGGCUCCGGGCAGAGGCGGCGACCAUAGCGGGGAGGAAGGGAGAGGGGGAAAAGCGGCUCCUGCAGCAGCGGCAGCCGGGUGCUCCGCUCGCCGCUGAGGUGCUGCGGGACUGGUGCUCACCGAGCUGCCACCGACACGUUUCGUCCGUCCCCCCUCCCCGCUUGGAGCUACGCGGCCUCGGCUGCCAAAUGCGCGGGGGGGAGAGAGACUUAGGCUCAAAAUCCCCCGAUCGUAAAUAGAGAGAAAGCGGAAGGAGAGCCACCGCCGAGCGGCCGCGGGAGGAGGGGAGGGGGGCAGCGGUGGUGCUUCUGCCGUAGCCAGGGAGGCUGAUGGCGGAGUUUGGCAGCGGUGGCGGCACCGGCGGCGGGGGGCUGCCCUCCUCCCCGGGGCCGGUCCAAGGCAAGGUGGCGUUCAAGGCAGGAGAUGGGGAAGGAGGAGGAGGAGGCGGCGGCGGCGGGAGAUCCCGCUUUGACAGUGCGGGCAGCCGGGUCUCCAACGGGGACUGUGCCCAGCCGGGAGCCGGUGAGGAGCCGGGAUCAGCUCCUCCUGCAAGCCCGGAGAGCAGCAGCAAAGAAAGAGGAUUUUCCGCCAGUCAACAGCGAGAAGGCAAACCCGGCAUCCCCCGGAGGAGCAGCAUAAUUAAGGAUGGUACGAAACAGAAGCGAGAAAGGAAGAAGACUGUGUCGUUCAGCAGCAUGCCCACGGAGAAGAAAAUCAGCAGCGCCAGCGACUGCAUCAACGCCAUGGUGGAAGGCUCCGAGCUCAAGAAGGUCCGAUCCAACUCCAGGGUGUACCACCGGUAUUUCCUCCUGGAUGCCGACAUGCAGUCUCUGCGCUGGGAGCCUUCCAAAAAGGAUUCUGAGAAAGCAAAGAUUGAUAUCAAGUCAAUCAAAGAAGUGAGAACAGGAAAAAAUACAGAUAUCUUUCGCAGCAAUGGAAUAUAUGACCAGAUAUCGGAAGAUUGUGCGUUUUCAAUUAUAUAUGGAGAAAAUUAUGAGUCGCUAGAUCUGGUUGCUAACUCAGCAGACGUUGCAAAUAUUUGGGUUACUGGCUUAAGAUACCUGAUUUCUUAUGGAAAACAUACUCUAGAUAUGUUAGGAACUACUCAAGAUAAUAUGCGGACUUCGUGGCUUUCACAAAUGUUCAGUGAAUCAGAUGUAGAUAAUUUGGGACAUAUACCCCUAUGUAAUGCUGUACAAUUUAUCAAAGACUUAAACCCUGGUUUAAAAACUAAUAAAAUUGAAUUAAAAUUCAAGGAGUUACAUAGAUCCAGGGAAAAAGCUGGUACUGAAGUAACAAAAGAAGAAUUUAUUGAAGUUUUUCAUGAGCUUUGUACCAGACCUGAAAUCUAUUUCCUGUUAGUUCAGUUUUCAAGCAAUAAAGAAUUUCUAGAUACCAAGGACCUCAUGAUGUUUUUGGAAGCAGAGCAGGGUAUGGCACAGGUCACAGAAGAAAUAAGCCUUGAAAUUAUUCAGAAAUACGAGCCAGCCAAAGAGGGCCAGGAAAAGGGUUGUCUUUCUAUAGAUGGGUUUACAAAUUACCUUACUUCACCAGACUGCCACAUAUUUGAUCCAGAGCAUAAAAAAGUUUGUCAAGAUAUGAAACAACCUUUAUCUCAUUAUUUUAUAAAUUCAUCUCAUAAUACAUACUUGAUAGAGGAUCAGUUUCGAGGGCCUUCUGACAUCACGGGUUACAUUCGCGCUCUUAAAAUGGGUUGUCGAAGUGUUGAACUGGACGUAUGGGAUGGUCCAGAUAAUGAGCCCGUGAUUUACACAGGGCAUACAAUGACAUCACAAAUUGUCUUCCGUAGUGUGAUUGACAUUAUUAACAAGUAUGCCUUUUUUGCUUCAGAAUACCCUCUUAUUUUGUGUUUAGAAAAUCAUUGUUCUAUUAAGCAGCAGAAAGUGAUGGUACAGCACAUGAAGAAAAUUUUGGGGGACAAACUGCAUACGCAGUCUCCAAACAUUGAAGAGUCUUAUCUACCAUCACCGGAAUCACUUAAAGGGAAAAUACUAAUUAAAGCAAAGAAGCUUUCUGCCAAUUGUUCUGGACUAGAGGGAGAUGUUACAGAUGAAGACGAAGGAGCAGAAAUGUCACAGAGAGUGGCAAAAGAGGGGGUAGAGCAGCAAAACUCAAUGACAGGGAAACGAUUCCAGCUCUGCAAAGAUCUCUCUGAGCUGGUGAGCAUAUGUAAAUCAGUUCAGUUCAAAGAGUUUCAAGUUUCAUUUCAGCUCCAGAAGUACUGGGAAGUGUGCUCCUUUAACGAAGUGCUUGCUAGCAAAUAUGCCAACGAAAACCCAGGAGACUUUGUAAAUUAUAACAAACGUUUUCUCGCCAGGGUUUUCCCCAGUCCUAUGAGGAUUGACUCUAGUAAUAUGAAUCCCCAGGACUUUUGGAAAUGUGGUUGUCAGAUAGUAGCAAUGAACUUUCAAACACCUGGCUUAAUGAUGGACCUUAACAUUGGUUGGUUUCGACAAAAUGGAAACUGUGGCUACGUCCUUCGUCCUGCUAUCAUGAGAGAAGAAGUUUCCUUCUUUAGUGCGAAUACAAAAGACACCGUGCCUGGAGUUUCACCUCAGCUGCUUCAUAUUAAAAUCAUUAGUGGGCAGAACUUCCCUAAACCCAAAGGAUCAGGUGCCAAAGGUGAUGUUGUGGAUCCUUAUGUCUAUGUCGAAAUACAUGGAAUCCCUGCUGACUGUGCUGAGCAAAGGACGAAAACUAUGCAUCAGAACGGGGAUAAUCCAAUUUUUGAUGAAAGCUUUGAAUUUCAAAUAAAUUUACCAGAGCUAGCUAUGGUGCGUUUUGUAGUACUGGAUGAUGAUUACAUUGGGGACGAGUUUAUUGGGCAGUACACUAUUCCCUUUGAGUGUCUCCAGACUGGUUAUCGGCACGUUCCUCUGCAGUCAUUGACUGGUGAAAGUUUAGCUCAUGCUUCCUUGUUCGUGCAUGUGGCCAUUACUAAUCGAAGGGGUGGUGGGAAACCUCAUAAGAGGGGCCUCUCUGUGAGGAAGGGCAAGAAAUCAAGGGAAUAUGCUUCUAUGAGAACAUUAUGGAUUAAAACAGUAGAUGAAGUAUUCAAGAAUGCCCUCCAACCUAUUCGGGAUGCUACGGAUUUGAGAGAAAAUAUGCAGAAUGCAGUAGUUUCAUUCAAAGAAUUAUGUGGCCUCUCUCCUGUAGCAAAUCUUAUGCAGUGCAUUUUGGCAGUGUCUAUGCACUUGGUUGGGCCUGAUAAUGCACCCUUGGUAGUAGUGAAUCUCAAUGAUCAGUAUCCAACUAUGGAGCUCCAAGGGAUUGUUCCAGAGGUCUUGAAAAAGAUUGUAACAGCAUAUGAAAUGAUGAUUCACACCAUCAGGACUCUGGUUGAAAAUACAGAUAGCUUAUAUGAGAAGAUAGUGCAGUGUCAGAAAGCAGCAAUGGAGUUUCAUGAAAACCUGCACAAUAUAGGAGCAAGAGAAGGCCUAAAAGAAAGAAAACUGCAAAAAUCAGUAGAAAGUUUUACGUGGAACAUUACAAUUUUAAAGGGACAAGCUGAUCUUCUCAAAUAUGCUAAAAAUGAAGCACUGGAGAAUCUGAAGCAAAUCCAUUAUGCCACUCUUUCAUGUGGACUUAAUAAGCCAGGCACUGAAAAUGCAGAAAUCUCAAAGCCUCGUCGAAGUCUGGAGGUCAUACCUGAAAAAGCAGGUGAUGAAAACGGAGAAUGAGAGAAGGCUCUUCUCGUAAUUUUGGAGUUUAUAACUCUGUGACCAAUUGUAGCUGCAUAGGACAUUUGCUUUGCACUUACUGUUGGAAAAUAUUCGGAAUUUUUAAAGCACAACUGGAGAAGCUAAUUACAAUCUAUUGAAACUGUGAAUGUAUGUAGCAACUCUGCUUGUGAAGGCAAUGAUUUUGUGCAACAUGGAAAUUACAUUAUUGGCCUAAAUAUAGCAUAUGUAUGUAAAAGAUACUGUAAUUCAGUAAUCGCGUGCUGAAAAGUUCAUUGUAGUGCCAUCGGGAAAUGAACACUUUUUAAAUGAGAUGUAACUAGCAGGAAAUCAGUUGACAGAAUUUGGAAAGCUGCCUUGAUUUUCAAACCAAUUUUAUGCAAAGGUUGUUUCUUUCUUUGCACAGUUUGUUGAUUGUGCUGGUGAGAUAUAUCAUUCUUUUGAAAAUCAGGUCUAAAAAAGUGGAAUCCACAUGUUUCACACUAUAUGUAGUUCAGCCGCUUGGAUAUUUGGGUUUGAAGUGGUAUUGAUUUUAUUGUUGAGCCAUAAAUUAAAAUGAGAAUGUAAUUAGACAGUGAUCACUGACUUCAGUGCACUAUAGGAGAGCCAUUAUGUAAAAGGAAAAUGUGCAAUCAAUCUGAUAGCCUAUGUCAGAAGAAGAUACAUACCUAUUUUGCCUAAGAUCUUCUGCAAAUGUGUGUAGAUAAUGUGACCAAACCGCAAGCAAAACGGUGUAAAUAGUUUUUCAUUUUGUGAAGUGAAGUGCUCAUAUUAAAAAGAGUUUUAUGAGAUUGCUCCCAAACAAGUAAAGCUUUUAACUAAAUUUUAACUUUUUUAUUUUUUGAGUAUUUUCUUCCUUACAGAAUAGGUGAUAUCUCAAUAAGCAGGUUUGUCAAGAAAAUAAAUCAAUUGCUGUUCUGAUCUUUUUUGGUUUUCUGACAACAUUAGGUAAAGAUAUUGUAGCUGAUAUGCUCAUUGUAAAAUGACUAUACCAACCUAGAGUGUUCUCUUACUGUUUCUGAUUUAACAAUAAAAUGGACUAUAUAAUUACAGAAGCUAAUAAAUUUGAAGUAAAACAAGCGAAA